UGGUUAGCAGAGGCAGGCAGGGCUAAACCCGUGCCAAAGAAAUAAGCUUCCACACAAACAUCACUAAGGAUUUUUCUCUGUGAUUCUUAACACACACACACACAGGAGGAAGCGAGCAGAUGAAAAAACAAUGAUGCAGUGGCAGCAGAAGCUAAGAAUGGACCUUCAGGGCGAGAUAAGCUCCCGGCUGCUGGUCUGGACUGUCAUCCUCUUUGUCAACACUGUCACACAAGCUCAGGCCACAGUGCUGAAGGUUUCAAGCAAUCACAUGGUUUACACAUGCCCCGAGGGGAUGAAUGUCACCUUUAAGUGCAGCCUUUCUGGCCAUCUAAAGGACCGGCAUGAUUUCUUGGCCAAACUUUGGUACUACAGCCGCAGCAAGAACGCCCUGUGCAAGGAGAAGAUGCACAUCCGUAACACCACGGUCACGUGGGAGAACCACAAUCCGAGCAAGGGUCACGGGGUCUACAUGAGCUCCAAUCACCAGGGCGUGUUCUGGGUCAACCUCAGUAACCUGGUUCCAGAUGACGAGGGCGUUUACUGCUGUGUGGUGCAUGAACUGCACAGAUCACAGCCAAACACACACCACCCGAAAAUCGAGCUGACUGUGUAUGGCACCAUGGAGCUCCAGGUCACCCCAGGAAAUGGAACUCACGUUGCUAAUCAGAAAUGUACUUUUCGUGACCGUACCGAAGUAUCAGAUACAGAAGCCACCACAGCUGCUGCUCUUGCCACCAUGGGAUGUGUCAUUGGCAUCUUGUCUUUGCCCCUGAUUCUGCUCCUUAUCUACAAACAGAGGCAGGGUGCAGCCACCAGGAGACGAGCCCAUGAGCUUGUCCGAAUGGAUAGUGAGGCGAUAGGCGUGGAGAAUCCAGUAUUUGAGGAGAUUCCAGCCCAAAGUUCUGAAGUGAAACCAAGGACACUGGAUAUUCGUCGCCUCCCAUCAGACUCGGACCGCCAUCUCCUCUCCGAACCCAACACUCCGCUUUCUCCUGAGGCACUGCCACGGUUCUUCCCAACACUCGAACUUGUGCCUGACUCCCCAAAGUGAUGCAGCCGUGGAGUGGAACAUGCCUUGGUUUAGAUAAUAACCAUAACACCAGAUGAACAGAAGAUGGUAUGGAUCAUGGAGAACAAUGACAAAUGGACAUACAAUGAAAUACAUUCUAGCAGCUUUAUGUGGUCAUUAUGCCAUGCAUAUUGAGACAAAUGUAGGGACAAGUUCAGCACAAUCUCUGCUUUAAUGGACAUUUGGUAUCUUUUAAGUAUGGCGGAUGAGUGAACACAAUUGUCAACUGGUCAUGCAAUAACACGCUUGAGUUUAUUGGCGUAAAUUAGUUAAACUGUUCACAAAGCUAAGUGAUUAGCUAGUAUGCUGUCUGUCUACUGAUACCCGUACAGGUCUGUCCUCUCUUCUAUCCUCCUGACCCACAAUAACCAAACAUGCGUACAGUCACUCGAUCAAUCAGACCCUCAAAACCCAGAUUCCAAGUUAGACCUGGCCUUUGGCUUUGAGGCAUUACUUACAGAAGAACAUAAGCAGGAUAUGACCACACCAAGUCUUUGGCUCGGCCUUGUCAUGCUGGACAAUGAUGACUGAUCACUGACCUCAAGCCCAAGGUAAAGAGUUCAGAUGGAGAUGCCCCAAUGGGAGCUGACAAAUGUGUGUUCAUGUGCAAAGGGCACAGCCCAUGCUUUCAAGGAGAUGAUUUGAUUAUGUCAAAAAUUAUUCUUCACAGUCAGUACAAACCUAUGCCCUGACAGUAUUUUCUUCAAUCUACCUCUCCAGGAAAUUUUAACCCUUCACUUGGUCUUUGUGUUGUCAUGUCAACAUGCACGUGGUUUGCACUCAGAUGGGGUGGGAUGAGAGAAGAGGGAAACGGAAAGAGGUGAAUCACUUGAUCCAAAACCCAGUGUCCCGUGAAUUUCUCUACUUAACACGUCGAAUGUUUCAAUCCCAAAUCUGGCACGAGUGCACAGCAUUGCUGAAAAUACCAGCUUUAAAAUAACUAUUUGCCUGACUAAUCAAAUGAAGUUUAGCAGCACCAUGCAGCAUCUCUGUUGUGACAAAGUGCGGUUCGGGCAGUCAAUAUUCUCUGAUUAGCAACUGAUCACUUUCUAGAACACUGGGUUCUGUGUCAUCUAAUUAUAAACGAUUGUCAGUAUUAUGGUUGACAUUAAUUGUAACAUUAAUUUUUAUUUUGUAUUUAAUCAACCAGCAAAUUGCAGUCUAAAAUUGUGCUCAGAGUGAAACAGUAUUACUAAAUGAUUGAGACAAUCAAUGCUCAGUUUUAAAACUCAGCACAGUCACUAAAAUGGAUCACCCUGGGGUUUGAGGCAACAUGUCACCAGGCAUGUUAAUGAUUCUGAUCCAGUGCUAAUACUAUCAAUACAAACCUCAAACUAUAAAGUCUAUUCUUUUCAAAUGCGCUCUACUUCAAACAUGAAAAAAAAGUUUGUAUGUGCCUUCAGCUUUGUAAAAUUUCCCAAGGUGCUCUGCAACACUGUUUAAAAUAUGUCAUACCACUGCACUGGAGGAGCAUCUUAAAGAGAGUGAAGAGGUUAGCAGAGGGAUUUCCAGAGGGUAGCACCUGGGCAACUGGAGGUGUGGCUGCCAGAGAUGCACACGAAGCAGAGUUAGGGUGCCAGGCCAGAGGUGAUCACAGAGAUAUUGAUGGGGUGGGAGAGGGGGUUGACACAAAAUAUCAGAGGGAGAAGAAAAUUGAAAACCUAGUGAAAUUUAGGUGUCUGACAGUAUGCAUUGUAAUACACCUUGGUGUAUAGAACAAUUGUGGAUUGUUAUUGGAGUGAUGUGGCUACACCUUUACCACAUAAGGUGUACAAACAAAGACUGUCUCUUCUUGGAGCCACAUCUUGUUCAGUUUUAAGGCAGAAGACAGCAAUGUGAAAUGGGCAAAGUAACAGGUCAUUUGGAUCUCCGGUGCAGGGAUGGGAAGAGGGUUUUCAUUGUGUUAUUGCACUGGGAGCAACAUCUCGAUGAUGCGCUCCUGGUCAGGAGUCAUACCCACUGAAACAUGCAGGGAACCAUCUGGGGACCAAAUGUAAUGCAUUUAGCUGAAGCUCUUAGUCCAGAUUAGUGCAGCUAUUUUUCCCUGGACUGCACUGUUCAGCGGAGGCAGUUACCAUAGCAACUUUGAAAAGAAAACUUAAUAAAUGCUUGGAGUGGAAAAUCUGCAGGGCCAUGGGUUUACGAUGUUGAAUAGUGUGACUAGCUGUGUAGCACUUUCAAAUAGCUCAGACAUGACCAAUCAGAGAGGCUACUUUGGCAUUAAUUUUUGAUUUCAUAAUAAAAAGCAAAAGACUGUAGAUGCCGGAAAUCUGAAACAAACACAAGAGUGCUGGAGAAACUCAGCAGGUCUGGCAGCAUCUGUAGAGAGAUGAACAGAGUUAACAUUUUUGACUCCGGUAUGACCCUCCUUUGGAAUGCAUUUCUGAAAAAACAGUCAUACCAUUUGAAAGAGUUGCUGCCCGACCUGCUGAAUUUCUCCAGCGUUCUCUUUGAUGCUGUACAUGUUGUAAAGUGUUAUAUUCAUCCUGUUACUAUCCCAGCCAAUUCUCCUUAAAUUACAUUCGUUUUCCAAUGAAUUAAUUCAAGGUUUGUCACCAUUUUGUUUAGAGGUGGUAGUGAUGGUGGCAUGGGGCUUGCAGCUGUGGCUCCUCAGUUAGAUCCACAUAGAUCCACAAAUAAACAGUUUUAUUUGUGGAUCUAUUUUAGCCUUAAGUCAAGGUAAUCAGACUGGAUGCAGAAGGUAAAUUGGCAAGGUUGGAGCUGAAAUGUGAUCUUGACACUACUUUCAGUGCUGGGCUCUAUUUUAGAAGGAUUGCAUUUGAUAAGGACGUUACAUUCUCUAAAGGACCUGGUGGCAUAAUGGUAAUGUCACUGAACUAGUAAUCCAGAGACUCCAGGCUAGUGGAUUGGGAAAAAGUGAGGACUGCAGAUGCUGGAGAUCAGAGCUAAAAAUGUGUUGCUGGAAAAGUGCAGCAGGUCAGGCAGUAUCGGAAGAGCAGGAGA